AUGACGCAAUCACAACCACCUACAAUUCUUACCCCCGAGCAGCGCCUUGCACUCGAGAACCAACAGCGCAACACGCGCAUAAUCCGCAAUGUUGCUAUCGGAGGUGUGGUUCUCUGUCCCAUCAUCAUGCUCAUGCCGCCGCGAAAGCUCGACCUCUACACCUUCUCGCUCGGCUUGGGAUUCUACCUAUCCGCUGACCACUUGUGCGAAUCAUACUAUGGACGCGGACUCGUCACACAGCUUUCUCCAUUCAGGGCAGUAGGCGACUUGCCGACUGAGAGGGCACGGGAUGUGCAGGCAAAGUUAAGGGAGGCAAGGGAAGAGGAGCGGAGAAAGCUGGGAAAGACGAGCGAGGACAAGAGUGUGCUGCAGAAGAUCUGGAUGGGAGGGGAGUCCGAGGGAUGGAAGGAGAGGAGACUCGAGGAAGAGAAGAAGGCUUUGGAGGAGGGAAAGAGCUACACGGAUAUGAUUUUUGAGCAGAUCUGGGACGUGUGGAAUUGGGAUAAGAAGGACAGGAAAAACGGAGAAGAUAAAGAACAAUAG